AUGAACGAAAAAACUGAAGAACAGUUUUCCUCUCCGAUCUUUUCCGAUUUCACAAAUACUGACGAUAUCGAUGUUAGAGUUUCUCGUCAGCAGUGUGAACUCGUCGGUUUCCCAUUAUUGUUGAACUAUCAUUACACAGAAGCAAAGAAGUCCAACAACACAAAGAAACAAAAAAAGUUACAAGGUCUUCUCGAGAUUCACAAUCAUCUUCUAUUGAAACCAGACGACAACAGUGUGGAACAUACCGGGUAUAUUGAUUUUGACAUCGUACAUGAGCUGUAUUGUGGACACCAAGAACAACAUAUCGAAAAGAAAGAUUUUAGGGACAUUCUUCUUCAUCCAGACUACGGAUUGUGCGUGUAUGUUGCAAACUUUCUUCAGUUUAAUAAGCGAUACAUAAUUCUCAAGACACAAACACUUGAUUUACCAUCCUUUAUUGCUGAUAUCAACAACAUGAUUAACCGUGACAAGGAUGCUUCCACUCAGGCUAGUAAAAUUCGUCUUGAUCUGGAUAAAGUUGGCUUAAAGCACUUACUGGACUCCAUGGACUCUGAGUGGGACAAAACAUGUGCAAAAGUUAUGCUUGCAGCAAAUCGAUCAAGGGGAGAAAUCGAAGAGCUAGGAUUACUUCCCGAUGCUGUUGUCAAUAACGUGAAACAAGUAAGAAAUGUCAUUGUGAAAAUCGAAGAAACUGAGACUGCAGCCCAUGAAACCGUUCUCUUACGUUUACGUCAAAGACAACAAAAUUUAAAAGUUAAAGUUGACGAGUGCACGUCUGUCAUUGAACAGAAGGUUGGAAAGUGGCACGAUUACCGAAUAAGCGAUGUCUACGAGAAACUAGAUGUUUUGAAGGAGCAACUCGAAGAGAAUAAUACUCAAAUCAAUUGCCUUGAAAAACUGGAUGAAGCUGACAAGUAUACGAAGCAGAAAGUUCGGCAAAGAAUAAAAAGAACAGCUAAUCAGCUAGAAUAUUGCAAUAGGAUUAAGAAAGGAAAACUUGUGCUGGAGCAAAAACAUUGUUGGAUUCAUCUGAUGCGGAAUUUAUAG